GGCGAGUGCUUGAGAGGCCCCCGCAGGCAGUUCUCUAUCUAAUCAGUCCUGUCUCAUGAUGAAUUGAUUGGGAUUGCUCGAUUUACAGGUUUUUUUUUACGAUUGGAAUUGACGAGUCACCGCUUCUCUACCGUCCUGCCGAGCCCCUCGCAAAAAUGACCGAACCAACCAAGAUCAGCAUUCUGGGGAGGGAGAGCAUCGUCGCUGAUUUCGGUCUUUGGCGCAACUAUGUCGCCAAGGACUUGAUCAGUGUCUGUCCCUCCACGACCUACGUGCUCAUCUCGGAUACCAACAUCGGAUCCAUUUACAUGCCCGGAUUCCAGCAGACCUUUGAAGAAGCCACGGCUGGACUUUCGCCCACUCCCCGUCUUCUUGUCUAUCAGAUUCCGCCCGGAGAAAGCUCCAAGUCGAGACAGACCAAGGCUGACAUUGAGGAUUGGAUGCUGAGCCAGAGCCCCCCAUGUGGACGAGACACAGUUAUCAUUGCGCUGGGCGGAGGUGUCAUUGGGGAUUUGAUGGGCUUCGUUGCGUCGACCUACAUGCGUGGUGUUAGAUAUGUCCAGGUCCCCACCACUCUCCUUGCCAUGGUGGACUCCUCCAUUGGAGGUAAGACCGCCAUUGACACACCCCUCGGGAAGAACCUCAUCGGCACGAUCUGGCAACCGACCCGGAUCUACAUUGACCUUGAGUUCCUGGAGACCCUCCCCAAGCGGGAGUUUAUCAAUGGAAUGGCAGAGGUCAUCAAAACUGCAGCUAUCUCUAGCGAGGCCGAAUUCACCGCACUCGAAGAAGAUGCGGAUACGAUCAUCUCGGCUGUGAAGCGUGAGGUCCAACCCGGUGAACGUCGCUUCGGAGACAUUCACGAUAUCAUGAAGGCACGUAUCUUGGCUUCAGCGCGCCACAAAGCCGAGGUCGUCUCGGCGGAUGAGCGCGAAGGAGGUUUACGCAACCUUUUGAACUGGGGCCAUUCUAUCGGCCACGCCAUCGAAGCCGUUUUGACUCCUCAGGUCCUGCACGGCGAGUGCGUCGCGAUUGGCAUGGUCAAGGAGGCUGAGCUUGCCAGACACCUUGGUGUUCUCAAGCCCGUGGCCGUCUCGCGCGUCGUCAAGUGCCUCGCUGCCUACGGCCUGCCCACCUCGUUGAAGGAUGCACGGGUCAGGAAGCUGACGGCCGGUAAGCAUUGCUCCCUGGAGCAGCUUAUGUACAACAUGGCUCUCGACAAGAAGAACGACGGCCCGAAGAAGAAGGUCGUCCUGCUCUCCGCUAUUGGCCAAACCUAUGAGCAAAAGGCCAGUGUCGUGUCCAACGAGGACAUCAAGGUCGUGCUUGCUCCCAGCAUCGAGGUCACUCAGGGUGUCCCCAAGUCUCUUAACGUCACUUGCGCCCCCCCCGGUUCGAAGAGUAUCUCCAACAGAGCUCUUGUCUUGGCCGCCCUCGGCUCGGGUACUUGCCGUAUCAAGAAUCUCCUGCACUCCGAUGAUACUGAGGUUAUGCUCAACGCUCUGGAAAGUCUUGGCGCUGCCACCUUUUCUUGGGAAGAGCAAGGUGAAGUGCUCGUGGUCAACGGCAUGGGAGGAAAGCUUCAGGCUAGCCCCACGCCGUUGUACCUCGGCAACGCCGGUACGGCCUCUCGAUUCCUCACCACUGUCGCAACCCUUGCUUCUCCCGGUAGCGUUGACUCGAGCGUGCUCACGGGCAACAACCGCAUGAAACAGCGUCCCAUUGGUGACCUUGUGGAUGCUCUGACCAUCAACGGCGCAAGCGUUGAGUAUAUGGAGAGAAAGGGCAGUCUCCCUCUGAAAAUUGCUGCUUCGGGUGGCUUUGCUGGAGGAAAGAUCAACCUGGCCGCCAAGGUUUCCUCUCAGUACGUCUCUUCUUUGCUGAUGUGCGCGCCCUACGCCAAGGAGCCGGUCACCCUCAAGCUUGUCGGUGGCAAGCCCAUUUCUCAGCCAUACAUUGAUAUGACCACGGCGAUGAUGCGGUCCUUUGGUAUCGACGUGGUUAAGUCCACUACGGAAGAGCACACCUACCAUAUCCCUCAGGGUCACUACGUCAACCCUGCGGAAUACGUCGUGGAGAGCGAUGCCAGUUCUGCUACCUAUCCUCUGGCCAUUGCUGCCAUCACCGGCACGACCUGCACCAUCCCCAACAUUGGGUCCAAGUCUCUGCAGGGCGAUGCCCGAUUUGCUGUUGAGGUCCUGAAGCCGAUGGGAUGCACGGUCGAGCAGACUGACACCUCGACCACCGUCACCGGCCCUUCAGAUGGUAUUCUGCGACCCCUCCCCAACGUAGACAUGGAGCCGAUGACCGAUGCUUUCUUGGGCGCCUCCGUUCUCGCUGCAGUUGCUCGUGGCCAUGGAUCAAACCAUACCACUCGCAUUUAUGGCAUCGCCAACCAACGUGUCAAGGAGUGCAACCGCAUCAAGGCCAUGAAGGAUGAGUUGGCCAAGUUCGGUGUCGUCUGCCGUGAGCACGAAGACGGCCUGGAAAUCGAUGGUAUUGAUCGUUCGACUCUCCGCCAGCCCGCUGGCGGCGUUUUCUGCUAUGAUGACCACCGCGUUGCUUUCAGCUUCAGCGUCCUCUCCCUUGUCGCCCCGCACCCAACACUCAUUCUGGAGAAGGAGUGUGUCGGUAAGACGUGGCCUGGCUGGUGGGAUGCCAUGAGACAGCUCUUUUCUGUCAAGUUGGAAGGAAAGGAGCUCGAGGAAGCGCAUUUGCCGGUCCUUAGCCGUGCCGAGAAAGCGUCCGCCUCCAUCUUCAUCAUCGGCAUGCGUGGUGCCGGGAAAACGACAACUGGAAACUGGGUCGGCAAAGUCAUGGAUCGCCCCUUCAUCGAUCUUGAUGAUGAGCUUGAAAGAACCGAGGGAAUCACGAUUCCUGAGUUAAUUAAGCAGCGUGGCUGGCAAGGUUUCCGAGACGCCGAGCUUGCACUCUUGCAGCGCAUGAUGAAGGAGCGUGCCACGGGCUACGUUUUCGCCUGCGGCGGCGGCAUCGUUGAGAUCCCCGAAGCCAGGAAGCUGCUUACCGAAUACCACAAGUCCAGGGGCAAUGUUCUCCUCGUGAUGCGCGACAUCAACCAAGUGAUGGACUUCCUCAAGAUCGACAAGACCCGCCCUGCCUAUGUUGAGGAUAUGAUGGGCGUGUGGCUCCGCCGCAAACCCUGGUUCCAGGACUGCAGCAACAUCCAGUACUAUAAUCAGCGGUCCAGCUCCAGCGAACUUACUCUGGCAUCUCGUGAUUUCAGUCGAUUCUUGCAGUUUGUCACCGGUCAACGGGAAUGUCUGCACACCCUCAAGAAGAAGAAGCACUCUUUCUUCGUUUCCCUCACCCUGCCGGAUCUGCGGACGGCUAGUAACAUUCUUGAGGAGGUUUGUGUGGGCUCUGAUGCUGUGGAGCUGCGAGUCGAUCUACUACAAGAUCCUUCUUCCGAGGAUGAGAUUCCAUCAGUCGACUACGUGGUGGAGCAAAUCUCUUUCCUCCGAAGUCGUGUCACCCUCCCGCUUAUCUUCACCAUUCGCACUAAGAGCCAAGGGGGCCGCUUCCCAGAUGACGCGCAUGAGGCUGCGCUCGACCUCUACAAGCUGGCCGUCAGAACUGGCUGUGAAUUUGUAGAUCUGGAAAUCGCUUUCCCCGAUGACUUGCUCCAUGCCGUGACGGAAAUGAAGGGUCAGUCCAAAAUCAUCGCAUCGCACCAUGACCCCCAGCACACGCUAUCGUGGUCCAAUAUGUCGUGGAUGAAGUUCUACAACCGGGCACUUGAGUACGGCGACGUGAUCAAGCUGGUGGGCGUUGCGGAAUCUCUUGACGAUAAUUCGGCGUUAAGGGGCUUCAAGUCGUGGGCUGAGCAGGCUCACGAUGUGCCUGUGAUCGCAAUCAACAUGGGCGAUAAAGGACAACUGAGCCGUAUUCUAAACGGCUUCAUGACCCCGGUCUCUCACCCCAGCCUUCCUUUCAAAGCCGCACCCGGUCAGCUUUCGGCUACCGAAAUCCGCAAGGGUCUAUCGCUGAUGGGCGAGAUUGUACCCAAGAAGUUUGCCAUCUUCGGGUCGCCGGUCUCUGCCUCUCGGUCCCCCCCGCUUCACAACACUCUGUUCGCGCAGAUGGGUCUUCCCCACGAGUACGGCCGACUGGAGACCACCAAUGUCGAGGACGUGAAGGAGUUCAUCCAUGCCCCCGAUUUCGGAGGCGCCUCGGUCACCAUUCCGUUGAAGCUGGACAUCAUGCCCUUGCUGGACGAAGUUGCGCAGGAGGCCGAGAUCAUCGGCGCCGUCAACACGAUCGUGCCGGUCACCGACGGCACUGGCGGCAAGGCCACCCGUCUGGUCGGCUACAACACCGACUGGCAGGGGAUGGUUCGGUCUCUCCGUAAUGCUUCAGUCUACGGCUCCGACGGGAACUCGAGUGCUGUUGUCAUCGGUGGAGGCGGCACCGCUCGGGCUGCCAUCUAUUCGCUCCACAGCCUGGGAUACGCGCCCAUCUACGUCGUUGGCCGCUCGCCCGCCAAAUUGCAGGGCAUGGCCGAGACCUUCCCGAGCAGCUAUGACAUCCGCAUCGUCGAGAAUAACGAGCAGUGGGAGGAGACCGUUCCCACGGUCGCGAUCGGCACGAUCCCUGGCGAUAAGCCAAUCGACCCCGCUAUGCGUGAGACGUUGUGCCACAUGUUCACUCGCGCCCAAGAGCUCGACGUCGACGCCCUCAAGAGCAUUGAGAAUUCCCCUCGCGUGCUCCUUGAAAUGGCGUACAAGCCUUCAGUAACCCCUCUCAUGCAGCUUGCUUCUGACGCCGGCUGGAAAACCAUCCCGGGCUUGGAGGCUCUGGUAGGCCAGGGAGUGCACCAGUUUGAGCAUUGGACUGGGAUCUUCCCUAUAUACCAGGACGCUAGGGACGCUGUCAUGGGGACUACCGCUACCAACGGUUCUGCUUAGUGAGAUAGGAUCGGGCCCUGGCUCGGUUAUUCCUGUUCUUCAAAGAGGAAUGAAUAUGCCUGUGCUUAUCUUUUCGGAUUUAAAAGUCCUCGUUUCAUUUACCUCAUCUAGUUGAUUUCUUCAUAUACCUUUUCUUGAAGACAUGUGAAGAUGGUUUCAAGUUUAUAUAUGUGCCAACUAGUCAUUCCUUCUUCCUACCAAGUAGAAGUACCCCCCAUGAAC